AGUUAAUUAACCCAUCAACACCACGCACAAGUUGGCAACUGCGUUGGUCACUUACGUAGGUUACGUCGCCGGCUUUACAAAGGUUCACAGCAGAAGUGUUGAUUCUGCAAUCAAGAGCCGGUUCGUGCACGCCUAUUUUACCGAUCUAAAGCGGCAGCAGAUCUGUGGGAUCCAGACAGGACUGGAGGAAAAGCAAGAAGAACGAAAAGCAGGAAUCUCUGGAAUUUCGUAAGGACCAAACAAACAAAAAAUGUCUAAACCUAAUUACACCGGCACCUAUCACAUGAUGGAGCAGGAGAAUAUGGACGCCUACUUGACAGGUUUAGACGUUAACAUUGCUCUGAGGAAGAUCGUGUGUAUGCUGACGCCCACUAAAGAGAUCACCCAUGACCCGGAGACAGGUGCCAUGAAAAUCAACACAGUCACCACCUUCAAGAACUUCAACAUGGAUUUCAUUAUUGGAAAAGAAUUUACGGAGGACCUGGGGAUAGUGGACGGCCGUACCUGUCAGACUACAGUGGAUUGGGAUGGAGACAAGCUGGUUUGUGUACAGCGAGGCGAGAAAGAGGGACGAGGCUGGACGCACUGGCUGGAGGGUGACAAGCUGCAUUUGGAGAUGAGAGUUCAAGGCAUCGUAGCCAAGCAAGUCUUCAAGAAGGCUGAUUGAAGUCACUGGAAAAUGUUUACAGUGAAUAAUCGUAUUUUAAAAGUAGCUGUUGUCAUGUUUAUAGCAUUAUUAACAGUAUAUUUUAAAUAUAACAAGAAAACUGAACAUUUGUGAAACAUUUGUGUUCUUUCAGAUGGUUUUAACAAAGAGAGCAGUAGAGACUUUGUGCAGUAUGAGGAAGGAAGUUUACAAUCUUAUAAAGAAGUCACGAAUCUG